CACGCGGACGGACAUUGCUGAGUCCUCUUUGAGUUCGGCCACCUGCUCAGAAUAGUGGCCAACGGCAACUUUCACACGCUUGUAAUGUAUUGUUUUAACAGAGCCCAAAAUGAGCAAAACUGACUAAUUGGGUACUUUUUACUAUGUUUGCAAGCUACCAAUGCUAAUGGAAACAUGCCGCACUACCAGUUACGGGACUAUGAGAUGAAUCUUCUUGGAGAGCUCCAGAGACAACAAAACAGCGCCCAGUUCUGUGAUACACUUUUGCAAACUGAGGGUAUCUCGGUGCCCACUCAUAGCUGUGUUCUAGCGGCGUUUAGUCCUUACUUCUCUCAGAAGCUGUCAGCCACACCUUCUCCUCCAAAUGGGCAAAAACGUCAGAUCCAGGUUCAGUCUUUGAAGGCCCACACCCUGUUGAAGCUGGUUGGACUUCUUUACUCAGGAGAGUUGGAGGUAAAAGGAAGUGUAGAACACAGUGAUGUGAUGAAUGCAGUCCAGAAAUUUGGGAUUACACCCCUCAUACAGCGACAGAGAAAUGAGGCUACAAAGGAGAUGGACCCCCAGGAGAACCGGGUCAGGAGUUGCAGUAAAUGCUGCACGUUAACAGCUGCUGGUGGGGAGAGUGCUAAAUGCAAGACAAUGAAAGAUUCACUAGCGGAUCCUAAGAUGGCAGGAAUUGGGAAAGAUACACAUCGUUCAGUGGAGAAGACAAAUUGUGUAUCCAACGGGACACAAACUCCGUUAGAAAAUCUAAGUGAACCUGUAACCUCAGAGCACAUCAAAUGUCAUCUUCAAAACAUCCCAUUAGAUACUUGCGAAUCAAGUUCACAUGAACCCUCUGCAUCUGUUACAAAUCCAACGUCAAAUGACCAAGUGUCCAGCAAUCGGUCCUGCAGUUCCAACAAUGACAUGUCCUUCUCCCAAAAGCCUUGGAAUGAAAGUACUGGCUCCACUGGUAGUACUCUUUUGCUGACUCAAACGAAGGACAAGAUCAAGACAAGCAGAGUCGAAGCUGAGAAGAUACCAGAAGUUGAAAAUGGCAAUUCUACAGAAAGGAGGCCUGUAUUUGCCAAGAUAGCAAAGAAGAACCUGCCCAAGAUGAAACUGAUGGAGUCAACACAAUUAUCCGUUAAGGUGAAACUGAGGAGAAGGAGUUCAAAAGAAAAACUAUGGGAGGUUGUGUCUAUUCCAGAUGACGAUGAGAGAACGUCAGGGUUCACCCCUUUACCUCAGGAGGCCUCCCCAGCUGCAGCCCAGACUUCCAUCCAUAAACAAGGUGAACCCAGCAACUCCAAUAGACUUCCAUCCCACCCCAGUACUACAUCUGAACGGUCACAUCACGUCAUUGAUUGCACUGCUCCACACCAAAGUGGAACGCUCCAGUCGGCAUCUGUUCCACAGCCUCACGGCCUUUCAGAAGAAUCUGAUGAGCAGAUAGAGAAGUUGUUGGAGGACAUCAUGAUGGGUCUGAACAUUCUGACUGACUUGGGAAGUCCAGAGGGUGACACGGGGCAAAGUAAGAUACUUUCAGCCACCCCUUCAGCUGAAUGUCAGAACGUUGUGGAACGAAGUGACCGGAUAUCAACAUACACAGCUCAGAAACAGCCCAACUGUAAAAGUGAGCCACUUGUUGAUCCGAGUAGCAUGGAAAUCCCAGAGCAACCGUUUAAUUUGGAUCUCUCAUCGGUGAGAUCAUUGGAGCAAAAUUACCAACCAGUCCAGGAGCCGCAUCCCUUGUCUUCGUUUUCGUCACCUUGUUUGAACGAUUUGCGGCUCCCUAGAUGCCUCUCUCCGAUUGAUCCGUUCACUUCAGCAGAAAUUGAUAACCUAACCGCUAACAAUUAUCAAUUGCCUCGCUGUGUGGGACCCUUGCUUAUAGAGCAUUCUGGAUUACUUGUUUUUCCAAUUGCUCAUCGAGAAGAUGAACAGCCCCCUUUAUUGAAGACACGUCAAAACUGCUGGCGAGAGCCAUUCCUAAAGCAGUUGGAGUCUGAACCACAGCAAAGCCAAAGCUGUAGAACACUACCUUGCAUUAGAAACGCCGUGGGGGCGUGUCCAACUGCUGCUGAAAGAAAAUCUUACCCCAUGAAGAUAAAGCCAACUUUAAUACGUAAAAAAAGUGUUGCUUUGGAUGGUAUUGCACCUCCUAAAAAAAGGAAAGUGUGUGUGGAUUAUCCUCCAGAUGCCAUUGGUUCAAAUUGUGAUGCAUAUCUGAGUACAAAACAACUGAGUGUUUGCUCAGUUAGUUUGUCACGAAACAAUGUCCUGGCAAAAGAAAGGAAUAUGGCCAAAGGCUCUCCAAAAUCACCAACCGUUCUUUCAGUCACACAGAAUCAACUGUCAACCACAAAGAACCAUGUGAAAGAGAGAACCAUAACCGUGGAACCUCCAAAUUCGACAAAUACAAGCCAAACGCGCAUCAAGACCAGGGACUUCCUGAAAACAACUCAAGGGCCUCCAAGCGACACAUGCACACAAAGCUACACCAAUGCAAACGCAAAGGUCCCGAGAUUUCCUAUUGCAUCCAACCAAGUCUGUCUCUUCAAGCCGAAACGUGGCAGACGACCAAAAAACACGAAAGCUCUUUUUUCUCCAAACACUUCUGCUCCAGUCAUAUCCAAGAGUGAAAAUGAGGUGAAAAUUGAAGAGGAAUUGUUCAAGAUAGAUCUGGAAAAGAGUAAUAUAAUGAAAAGAAAAGGCCCCAAAAAUAAGAAAGGAAGGGGAAAGGAGCAGGUGGUUACAAUGAGCGCUGCCAAAACUGACAACGAUGCGUCCAAACAGAAGAUUGCUUUCAGCAAACGGCACAACUUAAAAAAGAAGUCAGUUAGCCAAGAAGUUGGUAAGAAACGGCACAACUUAAAAAAGAAAUCAGUUAGCCAAGAAGUUGGUAAAAAGUCCUUCAAUGGAGAUGAUCAUAAAGAAUUCGUCAGAAUUCCGCUUCAAGAAGAAACCUCUGCAAAUGUCAAUGUUUCCGUUGAUGUGAAUCACUGUCAAAUUCUCAAGCAAUCACCGGAUGAGAAGGACAGAUUACAAGAACAAGACUACGAGAGCUCUUUUAGAAAGAGGACCACUUUCUUAACUGCUGAGCAUCCUUCUUUGGAUGAGGCCAAAGAAUCAUUUACUCAACAUUCUGAGAGGGACCAAGCACAGAAGACCCCCAUACAAGGACUAACGCCUGUUGUGAUGCCACCUCAAAAAAACAACCCAGGUUGCUCUCUUAGUGACAGACAACCAUGUCCACAAAAUCAAGCAUCUUUGGAGCCUACCGUGAACCCCCAAAUCAGUACAUGUCUGUCUGCUGUCACCGGGUCACCAGUAAACCCAGAAUGCAAUAAAGAAGAUAUCAUUGACGUAGACGAUAUACUCUCUUCCCCAGAAAAGAUACUUUUAAUCAGCCAGCACGAGUGCAUACUUGUUGAUGCUGAUACUACACCAAGUGAAGAGGAGGGCGAGAUCGACGUGACGGGCGAUGAGUUAGACUGAUGUGUGUACUUUUUUGGUGUUGUGGUCAUUCCUAAUGUUCUCUGUUUCUCUCUGGCUUUUACUUCUAUGUUGUGCCAAGGUUAGAUGUCUAAUUGAGUGACCAUCUUUGUAUAAUAGUUUUUUUCCUGUUGUGUUUCCCUUACCAGUUGAUGUCUGCGUAAGAUGGCAACAAAAGAAUCACA